UGCAUGCUUACAACUUACACUGGGACCUGUUCAGCUCUGACCUCCGCCUACAUGUGGAUUAGGUAGUGCUAGGAUAGGAAGGGCAGUGUAGAAGAUCGGUUAUCUGGCCUGUUGUGCAUUUCUGCUGAAGUAUGCUUGACCAGGUGGUGUGUGUUGCCGCUGUUACAGUGCUUGGAGUGCUGGAGCAAGCAUACUUUUCCUUGCAGGUGAUCUAUGCUCGACGCAAAUACUCCGUCCCCCCUCCGGCCACCACGGGGCAUCCCGAUUUUGAGAGGACCUUCAGAGCACAAGCAAAUUGUUCUGAAUAUUUCCCAUUAUUCGUGAUUACGCUUUGGGUGGCUGGACUUUUCUUUAGUCAAGCUCUGUCUGCUUUCCUUGGGUUCCUGUACAUUUAUGGACGAUAUCAGUACUUCCAUGGAUAUGCAGAGUCUGCACAGGGAAGACUGGCCCCUCUAUACUUCGUGGCAAAGGUGCAGUGGGGGCUGAUCAUCCUAUCGGCCCUUGGCGUGUUCUGCUGUAUGAGCCGGCUGUAUUUGGGUGUGGAUCUGUUCAGCUCACUGUGUGAGGUGCUCGGCCUGAAUCAGCUCGAGUGAACACCGGCAUUGGAAAACUCAUUUCAGCCUAUUAUUUUAGAAACCACUGGCUCCAAUAUGCUAAAUACGCAGAACCUACCAUUGUGUGUUCAAUUAUUUUCACAGUUCUCCUUAAAGGAGAUGCGCAGAACCUUUAUUUUUAAAUAAAUUUCUGAGUGGAUAGUAUCUCCAUCCUCGACUCUUGUAUGCUGCAUAAAUGGGAAUAAAACAAUAUAUUUUUGAGAGUUAAAAUCAACCGCAAAGUUGGCAAUCGAGCUGUCCUGCUGAGCCAGCCAGCCCUGAGUGUGUGACAUCACAGCAGGAACUGGUUUUAAGGCUGAGGCCUUUUGACAGCUAUAGACCAAAGUCAUAUAAAUAAAAAUUAAUGGUGAAAGUAAGAAAUAGCGUUACCGACUUGCUCAACUAAGACUGAUUUGACUUCAUUGAUUGUGGGUUGACUCUCAUUAAAACAGGAUCGGUGUUAUAACUUAUGCAACAUACAUGUACAUGCAUGCAUUUUCACUGAUAAAAAGUAAAAGGCUCAUUAAAUAAUCAGAUGAACUGAGACAAUCACAUUCUAAAGCAAAUUAAAUAAUCUUAUACCGGUAACUUAAAUACACAAUACAAGUUACAUGUAUUAAUCUAAAUGCAUGUAAACAAUGAGUGGUGUUGUUUUGUAUCCAAAUGAUGAUCUUCACAUCUUACCCAUCUGAGUUCUCGCUUCUUGAAGGACGACCUUGUAGCCGAUUGUUUUGAAACAAUCUGACUUUCAGUUGUUCGUUCAGUUCUCCGUUCAUUCGCUUCUUCCACGUAAGGGCAAGAUAUUGCUGCCGAGGCAAGCAUAUCCAACAGAGAAAUCAGACGGCUGGUCCACUCAUUCUCCAUUUUCUCCAUACUGAGUACUCCACCAUUAUUGCUCGGCUCAGGCAAUUACUAAAACCCAGGAUGGGACAGGACAUCACCGGUUUUAGCAACAACCGUGGGGAGGUCACUGCUUGAGCGAUAAUAUGUCCCGUCCCGUUCCAUUCCGGGUUUUAGCAACAACCCUCGGCUCACACUCCAGGAGAACUGGUGCAACUUAACUUACUUUCCUUUUCUUGUAGUUUUCUUUUCCUUUCAUUGUUGGUACUGCACCCUCUUUCAAUAAGGGCUUAUAGCCAAUGCUCCUCAAUAGAUCAGAGGUCUUGUACGAGUCUUCAGUAAAAUGUGCAGAGCAGAGGAGAGACCAUUUUGUAGGCGCCCAAUGUGCCCGUGAACUUCUCGCAAAACGCGUCUAAAUCUUUGCAGUUUGAACAUUCUUGGGCCAUGAAUGCAAUGUAAAUCCACCUUCUGUCAUGUUGCUGCACCCACCAGCAACACAUCUACAUGGCAUGACGAUAAAUUAGCUCAAAAUGGAGGCUCGAAGUUGCAGUCAGCUCUGUGUUUUAGCAUAGCGGAAAUGGCGAUGAGACCGAUAGCCUUCCUGUGGUGACGACGUCACAGAUGUCAAGGUCAUUCACUCAGACUGCUACCUAUAGGAAUCAUUUUAAUCAUAAAAAUUACUAUAUUAGAUUUAUUGUUCACGCUUAAAACUAUUCCUGUGCCAUUCUUGAGGUCUCAAGGCAUUUAUAAACAAAAAGUGAGGCCAUGGUUCUGCGUAUCUCCUUUAAUUACUUCCUUGAUGGAGUGUAUAAGAAUUUAUUGUAAGAAAGAAAGUUAAUAAAGAGUAAUACAUGCAUGGGGGAUUUUGAUUUUUUUUUCUUUUAAAUACAUCAGACUUUUGUUUUCUAUCAUUUUUCCUGUAUUAGUUUGUCAGUUUAAAUAAUGAAUAAAUACUUGGGGUGUGAUGGAAUAGGAAAAUAAUCAGUGAUAGGGUGGAGGGAUACAGCCUGAUAUGUACAAGAAUUACAAACCAAAAACCCCCAAUUAUUUUCUAACAGCUUGUCCUUAAGUGUGAGUUUCCCCUCUUGUACCAGUGCUAUUGAUUUGAUGGCGGAAGUGGAACCCAAUGUGGUCUUCUGCUGUUGCAUGCUGAGAUGCUUUUUCUGCUCAACACGGCUGUAAAGAGUGAUUAUAUGAGUUACUAUAUCCUUCCUAGAAGCUCGAACCAAUCUGGUCAUUUUCUUCUGACCUCGCUUAUCAGCAAUACAUUUCCACCCACAGAACUGUCGCUCACUUAUUCAAUGUUUUUUUCUUUUUCUCACCAUUCUGUGUAAACUCUAGAGACUGUUGUGUGUGAAAACCCCAGGAGAUCAGCAGUUUCUGAAAUACUCAAAGCAGUCCAUCUGGCACCAACACCCAUGCCACAGUGAAAGUCACACUUUGAGAUCACAAUUUUUCCCAUUCUGAUGUUUGAAGUGAACAUUAACUGCUUUUGAUUUGUAUCUGCAUGAUUUUAUGCAUUGUGCUGCUGUCAAGGGAUCGGCUGAUUAGAGAAUUGCAUCAAACAGCAGGUGGAUGGAUGUUCCUAAUAAAGUGGCCAGUGAGUGUACAUUGUAGAAGUAGUAAACUGCCAUUUCCUCACUAGCCUUUUUAGUUCUCUUUUGUUAAGUUAAUAAGAUGAAAAACCAGCUUGUGAUGUUUGCAUGAAACCCCAGAAACCCUUGAUCUUGAAUACUUUCCUGUGUCUACUUAAUGGAGCUUAAAGUUACAGCUAUGAUGGUUAACAAAGAACAGACACUGGAGAUUGCACAAUUUUAAUCCGAUUAUGUGAAAUGUCUACUGUACAAGUUCCUGUUGAAGUUAUUGCUACAAAAAUGAAUAUUACACAUUAGAAUUACCCAUUCUAAAUGUAGUCCCUGCUUUGCUUUUGUCAUCACCUCCAUUCAUCUGGGAAGGCUUUAGACUUUGGAGCGAGUGGGGAUUUGUGUUUAUUCAGAAACUAGAGUUUUAUUUAAACCAGGUACUGAUAUUAGGUGAGAAGGCCUUGGGCUCAGUCGGCUUUCCAGUUCAUCCCAAAAGUGUUCAGUGGGGUUGAGGUCAAGGCUCUUUGUGGCAGCUACAAUUAUUUACAGUCCAUAAUUAUCGACACCUUUUCAGAUUUACCAAUAAAAAACAAUUUUACAAAGGUGAGUUUCAGUUACAACAGUUAUUAUUGGUUAAUUAAUCAACCGGAAGACCUGCCUCAGCCUUUGAUCUUGUUGUCUGAUGACACAGCUCGUUACCUGAGAUGGAAUUUUUUUUAGCACAAUCAGCAAUUCGAGGAAAACAUUAUCAUCGCAGGUAAGCAUGGUGGAAAGAUCAUGGACAUGUUUUUACUUAUCAAAUUCACCGAUAUUUCAUGAUUUCCUUGUUGAAACCUACUUUAUUUCUUACUCUUUCAUUUGAUAAUCGCCAUUUUGUAUCCAAAUGCGCAUUUGAGAAGUCACAUGAGGUGUCGAUAAUAGUGAUCACUUUCACCGGUGUCCACCAUUAUCGACACCCUGUGGAAUUAAGUGACAUUUACAACUGUUAUGGAUUGAUCUUUGUGUAACACUGUUGAAGUAGAUGAGGUCCUUUAAAAAAAUAAAAGUGCUGUGAUUUUAUAA